ACUGCGCUGCAAGUGCAAAAAUAAAAAAGAAAGGCGUGGCACUCGUGGCAGCCACUCAAGCCACUGCCAGAGCAUUGCCGGCUUUAACGGCAAAGGCAAAAGGCAACAACAGAUCCUUAAACGAAACGAAAACAAAUUACUGCAAGGAACAACAACAAGCUCCGGCAACAAGCUGACUAGAAACUCUUCACAUAAUGGACUUGCUAAAUUAUUCUCCCUCGCAACAAGACGGCAGGGAGAGUGGUGACGACAAACUCACAGUUUAUCAGUGCAAAAAUUGCAAAGCCGUAUUGAGUAAUGACAGAUUCAGAGUGGAGAAUGACAUUGACCAAAAGAAGAUUUACCUACAAGACAUUGAAAACUGUUUGAUGGAGACAUCAGUAAAAACCUCAAAGAGCCAAAUUGACUACAAGUGCCAAUAUCGAAACCUCGAGUGCUCGCAAUGUCACAGACACCUUGGCCGACAGUACUGCAAAGUGACAGAAAAGCUAAAGCACCUGGAUGGACUCAAUGUUGUUGAUACGGCUGAGAUUUCUUUAUUUACUAUUCGAGUACCUCUUGGCGUCAGUCGAUCAGCAGAUCACGAGAGGCUUGAGGAAAGGGUGAAACAGCUUGAAGAUAAGUUGGCGGAUGCAAGCAAGAAAAUUGAAGAUUUGGCUCUUGUCUGCAUCGACGCUUGCAAAGACAGAGUUGGAAUCAAGGAAGCUGUUGCCAAUUUGCUUUUACUGAUAUCAAAUGAGUUUGGUGGUGGUGACAGUGACUGACUGAAUUUUUUUUAAUAGUAUAACAAUUUUAGAGGGUAAAAUAUUGCUUUAAUAGUUUAUAAUUUUAAAUUGAGGUUAUUUAAAAUGUAUAUGAUUAUGGGCAAUAAUGACAGUAUAAACACUCCAAUUAAAUCUGGAAGACAUAGUUAUUUAAAAAUCUGAAUAUUUUAUAAGAUCUAAUCAGUAUGGUAAUUAAUUCUUUAUUGCCAUAAGCAUAAAUGAGUAAAAUAAACUAAACAGAAGCUCCACAUUAAUUGCAAUAGACAAAAGCUUGUCAGACAUGAACAUGUUGUGCAGCGUUCAUUAUCAUUUAGAAUUGCAAUGCUUUUUUAAAAGAUUUUUGACAACAGAAGGGUAAUAAAGAAUAAUAUUA